AUGAAGUUCACAAACGCAAUCGCUCUCGCUAUCUUGGCUGCUACUGCCACCGCUGUUGCGGUCCCAGAGUGCGGAAGACCCGGUCAACCAUGCAAGCGUGAGGCCGUCGCUGUCGCUGCCCCUGUCGCUGAGGCAUGGUGCGGACGCCCAGGACAACCAUGCAAGCGAACCCCAGAAGCCGAAGCUUGGUGUGGACGUCCCGGAGAACCAUGUAAGCGUGAUGCUGAGCCAUGGUGCGGACACCCAGGACAGCCAUGUAAGCGCGAGGCUCUCCCAGAAGCCUGGUGCGGACGUCCCGGACAACCAUGCAAACGUACUCCUCUCGCCGAGGCCGAGGCCGAAGCUUGGUGCGGACGCCCUGGACAACCUUGCCGCAAGAACAAGCGCGCCGCUGAGGCCGUCGCUGAGGCUUUCGCUGAGCCAUGGUGUGGACACCCAGGACAACCCUGCAAACGUGAUGCUGAAGCCGAUAUUUCCGAGGCUGCCAUCAAGAGAUGCAACAUGGUUGGAGGAGCUUGCUUCGAGGCCAAGAGACUCGCAAGAGAUCUUGCCGAGGCUACUGCCGAGACCGUCGAGGAUGCCGAUGCAUUCCUCGAAUCCCUCAACAUCGAGACCCGUGAGGUUUCCGAAGUCGUUGCCCGCGAGGCUGAGGCCUGGUGUGGACGUCCCGGAGAACCGUGCAAGCGCGAUGCUGAGGCCUGGUGCGGACGCCCAGGACAACCAUGCAAGAGAGAGGCUCUUGCCGAGGCCGAAGCUUGGUGCGGACGCCCCGGACAACCAUGUAAACGUGAGGCUCUCGCCGAAGCUGAGGCUUGGUGCGGACGUCCCGGACAACCAUGUAAGCGUACUGCUGAGCCAUGGUGCGGACGCCCCGGACAACCAUGCAAGGAGAAGCGUGAGGCCGAUCCCGAAGCCGAGGCCUGGUGCGGACGUCCCGGACAACCUUGCCGUGCCGUCAAGCGUGCUGCCGAAGCUAUUGCUGAGGCGCUUGCUGAGCCCACUGCUGAGGCCUGGUGCGGACACCCCGGUCAACCAUGCAAGCGCGAAGCUCUUGCGGAGGCUGAGGCCAAUGCUGAGGCAUGGUGCGGACUUCCAGGACAACCUUGCCGCAAGGCUAAGAGAGAUGCGUUCGCUUUGGCUUAUGCUGCCGAUAUUGCGCUUGCGCAAUUGUAA